AUGAAUGUGUGGAGAAGAUGUAUGACAUCACAAGUGAUGGGAAGUGAUGGAAGUGGUGGUGAAAGUGAUGCCAAUUGCAGUCACAAUAGGAAUGCAUUGCGAAUAAUAGAGUCGAUUGGUGUGAGAGAAGAGUUGUCUUCGGGAUGUGCUUUGAGUGAUAAAUAUGUGUCACAAAUAUAUUUGGAUUUUAUGACAAUUUGUCCCAAAUAUUACGCCAUCGAAGAUCUGAAGAUACGACGAUUGGUUAGAGUGUUGUCCACACUAUCCGACUCUCAUCUGAUCUCAAUCUUAAGAGUUUCUUCUGUCUACAAAAUGUGGUCUCAUUUGGACAAUGAAUUGACUCUUAGGCUGAAUAUGAAUGCAUCGAUUGAUAGCUGGAGACAAGAGUUGCCUCAAAAGCUAUUGAUUGCAAACCUCUUCUGUGAACUAAAUGUCGGCAAAUAUUGUGUUAACAGAAGACAAGGCGACCGCAUCCUGUCUUCGCAUGAAUGUAACGGUUCCACUCCUCUGACCACCAAUUGUCACUAUUUUACACGACUCUAUCGCACCGAUGGGUUUACACAACUUUCUAAUCGUCAGUUCGUUAGUACUGGUGGCCAAGCCUUUCAUCAAAACCGAUCGCUUUUGAUUAGGAUUGACAACAACUCUAUUAAGCACUGGUUUGUUGAUAACACGUCUCAUCUGUUGUUGCGGUGGUUUAGCCAAUUGUGGCGAUCGACGUUUCUGUUCCUCCAAUUUCUUCUUAUAUUCUUCAUCGACACCAACAGACGCUUCCAUCUCUCUGUUGGCCACAUUCUGUUGGCUCUCAACGGCGUUUGCAUUCCUCACAAUUGGCACUUCUUUCACUUAACACCUGUUUCGCCCGUUUUGUUCUCAUUUGUGCCGCUUUUAGAGCUUCUGCUCUUAGUUGCUGUUCUUCAGCGAACGCCUUUUGGGAUCUGUUGUCUUGUGAUGACUGAUUUGCUGGACAAGGCGAUUGAAAUGUUUGAGAGUUUUGUGGGCCUAACGACUGGAUUUGGUUAUAAUUGUGUUGAACAGGAAAUCUCUGGCUUUCCAUUAACGGGUAGUGUUGUUGAGGAUUAUAAUUGUUAUGCAUUUGAAGUGAUGGAUGGUUUGGAGGGCGGACAUCUGAGGUCUAAACUGUGGUUCCGGUGGUCUAUAUUGUUGUUCGGGAGGUCUGAAUGGUUGGUGUUCUGGUGGUAUGUAUUGCUGUUUCUCUUGAGGUCUUGCAGUCUGCGAGAGCUCGAACUGAUUGGGCGUUCGGGCCCUGAAGUGUGGGUUCACGUGAAUAGUGUUGAUGGGAUUGGGGUUCGGGUUGUUUUGUUGGCCAAACACAUUGGUGUUAAUGUGGGAACUGAGACCAAAGACAUGAUUCUCUCGGACUUAAACCUUCCUCUGCGGGCAUUAUCUCUGUCGUCGUCAUCGUCUUCGUCAUCAAUCGACUCGUUUGUCUCAAACUUAUAUACACUGACAUCAGCGGCGAUGGACUCGUCGUCUCGUAACAGCUCUUUCUCGGCGUCUUCAUCGAUGUCUGCGUCGAACUCGUCGUCUCCGGGGCUGUCCAGCAAUGAUGUGCACCAUUCGAGUACGUCGUGUAUGAAUGGGCCCAACACUACACCACUCUCUCAUAGACUCUAUGUUUUGAAUUGUUGUCGAAUUGACGGCAAUGAAGACGAGACCCGAGAGUAUAUGAUAUCGCGGGCCAAGAGUUGCCUAUUGAAUGGGGACUCGAGUUAUGCCAAGUCUUGGAUUAUGACAGCGAAUGCGUUGUUCCCACACAACGACAGCGUCAAGAUGGAAUCGUAUGAGAUGUCCAAAUGCGAGGCCAAUGUGGAGGAAGCGGUGAAAUACUUGUGUGACAUGUUUGACACGCAAGAGUGCGAACACGAGCUGAUCCAGGAGUUCAACAAAAUUAUCAUCUCUUGUCGUAACGAAUGGCAAACACAUCACUUGAAUGAACAACAAAUGCAUUCACUGUUUGGCAAUCAUUGGAUGAAUUUGAGUCAAAACUCGAUUCAGUUUUAUUCAAAACUCUUCGCUUCGCUGACCACUGAAUAUCAGUACAAACUCUUGAGACGAGUGGCCGACAGAACCGAUGAUAAACUCAGAUUUCCCGACAGUGUUGUGGAGAAUGGGAUCAAAUUGAUUGACAUAAUGGAUGACAACACUAUUGAAUCAGCAAAUAGUGAUUCUCAACACAAUAUGAAUCAAUACAUUAAGAAAAAACUAAACGAAUGGAAACUCUUUGAAAACAUUGAUUUUGUGAACGAAAGGCAAUUGGAAUUGAUUUACGACAAGAUAUCGAAGUUUAUCGACGAGUUUAGGUUCAGAGGAGACACGGAUUCGCCGAUGGAUUUAAGUUCGGCGACGACUGCGAUGAUCGGCGGCGACGAACAGACGAAUCAACAAAUACUUUACGCAACACUUCUUCUCUUUCUUCAAUGUUUGCAUAAAUAUUUGAAAUUGAGUUCAGAUAUUGUAUUAAUAGAGCAGUCGAACCAUUCAUACAGUGAGGCAAAGAUCGCUCUCUCAUUGAAUAAGAAGCGAAAACUGGCCGAACCCGACCUCUUGACCGCUAACAAGCAAUUGAUACAAAUCUUUGUGGUCGCCUCUAAAGCACUGAAACUACUUCAUGAAAAUCUCACCAUAAGUUCGGAAUUCAAUAAAAUAUCGGAAAUAAUUGGAUUGAAUUCGUGUCAGUCUUAUCAUUCAUUUGUGAUCGACUCAAACAUAUAUAGAGCCGAAUAUAACGAAGUUUUGACGCAAAUUGUCAAUAGAAAGACCGCUAAUAUUAAAAUUUCACUUAUGCUUCACGACUAUAACUCCACUCUUAAACAUUGUCUCGACUCAAUCGAAUUGCUUCCGCAACUCAAGAACAACCCCUCCAACGAUACCAAAAGCAAAGACAACGCCAUCACAAACAGCUCAACCCAUGAGACGAGUGCCAGCGCUCGACAGCUCUAUUUCCUACCGCUUACUGUCGACGACAUUUUGAAUUAUAUAAUUGAAGUGAUAAUACUUUGCCUCAAAGAUCGAGUGCUAUUAUCGUUAAAGCCGAGUGAUUUGGGAAUCGGUCACCUACUGGUGCUCUCCCAAUAUAAGUGGCCAAAGAAUGUGGAACUGUUCCUCAUAUGCAUGUCAUCGAUACGCAAUUGUGGCAAAGCUCACGGCUCAUCGCAAUCGCACCAAAAGUUCACUUAUCACUACUUUUUCAACUAUGUAUUCAUUCCUGACAUCAUUGAAGACGUGAUGAGUAUUAUUGAUAAGAGAGAGAUCGCACUCGAACUCAAGCCCUCCUCGGCAUUGGGCGCACAGCUCAAGACCAGCAGUAAAGUGAUCACCACUAGAGGUGUCAACAAAGGCUUUAUAGAGGAGAAUAAGAGCGCUUUAAUACAACAAAUGAAAGACAGCACUUCUCAAUGUCGUCUCCAUUGCGUCCAAGAAAUUAGGGGAACCAUUGAGUUGAGUGGAAAGCGAACUUCGCCGAACAAUGAAAUGGGUUUCAAUUUGUCGACGAUAUGGCUGUCGAUAUCCAUGUCAUCAUUCUUUUGCUUGUCUUCGACGGCAAACUUAGGUUCGAGUCCCGCAACUGUCGGCAAAAAGAAGGGCGCGUUUUCCGGCUUAUGGACCACUUCUUUGGAAACUAACUUUAAUUAUAUCUAA